AUUUUACUAUAUUCUUUAUUCCCUUCUAUUUGUUUCUCAACACUUCUAGAAGCAACUCCCACCUUUCUUUCUCCCUUCUUCUUCUUCUUCUUUUUAAAAAGGGCCCUUACUAUUAUUAUUGUUAUUGUUACAGGAAGUGGGAAAAGAAGAGUUCCAUUCUAAUUGCAAUCUGGGUUCAACUGUUGUUCCCAUUUGUGGUUAUGAUCCAUUUCUUCCCUCCAUUCCGUCAUGGAAUUUGACAGACCCCUUCCCUCCAUCUCCGGAUUCUACUGCUGGGGUUGGGAAUUCCUCACCGCUCUUCUUCUCUUCAGCCAUCUCAUCGUCUUCUGACUCUCUUCAUCCGCCCGCUAUUUCUCUCUAUUUCUUCCUAUUACAAUAUUGUUUUUAGCUCCCCUGUUUCUUCCCAUCAAUGGCACAGAGGUCUCUCCCGGCGCCCUUUCUCACCAAGACCUACCAGCUCGUCGACGAUCCUGCCACCGACGGCGUCGUUUCCUGGAACCAAUCUGGCGCUACCUUCAUCGUCUGGAAGACCGCCGAUUUCGCCAGAGAUUUGCUUCCCACUUAUUUCAAACACAACAACUUCUCCAGCUUUGUCCGUCAGCUUAACACUUACGGGUUCCGGAAGAUAGUACCGGACAAAUGGGAAUUCGCCAACGACAAUUUCCGACGGGGCCACAAGGAGCUCCUAUCCAAAAUCCGUCGCCGAAAGACGGUCGUGAUGUCGCAACCGUCGCAGACUGCUCAUCCCGGUAAAUUCGGCGGAGGAGGCAACUCUUCGCCGUCAAACUCCGGGGAGGAUAUCGGAUCGACUUCGACUUCAUCGCCGGAUUCGAAGAAUCCGGGAUCGGUGGAGAUGGGAACGAUGGCACAAUUCGCCGAUCUGACUGAGGAGAACGAGAAAUUAAGAAAGGAUAACGAGAUGCUGAAUUCGGAGCUGGCACAGACGAAGAAACAGUGUGACGAGCUGGUAGUCUUUCUGACGGACUAUUUGAAGGUGGCGCCGGAUCAGAUCAACAACAUCAUGAGGAAUCGUGGUUCGGGCGAAGAUCUGAAAGGCAAGGGUAAGAUCGACGAGGAGGAGGAAGAAGAAGAAGAAGAAGAAGAAGAAGAAGAAGAAGAAGAAGAAGAGGGGAGUGUAGGUAACGGCGGCGAAACUCUGAAGCUGUUUGGGGUUUGGUUGAAAGGGAAGGAGGAGAAGAAGAAGAUGAAAAGGGUGAGAGAGGAGAAAAUAGGGUGCAGCAACGCACCACAUGCGAAAGCAAUGAAGUCGGUUGAGAUGCACGCGCCGUUGAUGACGAGCAGCAAUCUCUGCAACUGACGACGACCGAGCAGAGCAAUGGAAGGAGACGACGGCGUUCGUAGAAUUAAACUAAUAAUAAUAAUAAUAAUAAUAUAUUAUAUAAUCUGUAGAGAGUUCAAAGGGACUAGAUAUCAAUAUCGGUUUUGAUACUGAUAUUGAUGUUGAUAUUAGUAAUAUGUAAAAAUUGUUAUAUUGUAGGAAGUAGAGAGAGAUGCAUGUAAGCAAGGGUGGAUAUCAUCAAAGGUACUAAGGGUAUCCCAUCCCAUCUCUUGAUUCAAAACAUAUUUGCAAUGUUUCAACAAUCCUUUCAAUUAUCGCCAAUAUUUGUCAACA